AUGGUUACAGGCACCUACUGGAGCACCCCACGGAUCGGUACAGCAGGUAUCGCGGUGCAGGUGGUGGGUAGUAACUGGCCCAAACCACACUACUCCCUCCUCAUCACUGGCCUGUGCCGCUUCAAGGUGUCCAAUCUGCUGCAGGAGCGACCGUUUGUCAUGGCAGAGGUGUUGCAGCUGGAUAAACUGGAGCAGUACACAACGCCGACAGCAGGGGGCAUCACGGCAGAAGAUGGAGAGUUGAGGGAGCUUUCUCAGAAGUUCUACCAGGCUGCGGUUCAGUUGUUAGGGAUGUUGGACACGUCGGUUCCUAUGGUGGCCAAGUUCAGGCGCCUGCUGGACAGUCUACCCAGAGAGACUCUGCCGGAUGUGGUCGCCUCCAUGAUCCGCACCUCCAACAAGGAGAAACUGCAGGUGCUGGAUGCAGUGAGCCUGGAGGAGCGCUUCAGGAAGGCUCUGCCCAUGCUGACCCGGCAGAUCGAGGGACUGAAGCUGCUGCAGAAAACCAGGAGAAUGAGUCCUGACUCUGAGAAAAGGGUCUUAUCAGUGCGGAAAGGCGGCGUGUUCCCAGGGCGACAGUUCAAUCUGGGCGAGGAGGACGAGGAUGAGGAUGGAGACGACAUGGCAGCUCUGGAGAGGAAGAUCCACGCAGCCAGCAUGCCGGAAGCCACGCUCAGAGUUUGUCUGAAGGAAUUUAAGAGGCUGAAGAAGAUGUCUCAGUCCAUGCCUGAGUACGCGCUGACCAGAAACUACUUGGAUCUGAUGGUGGAGCUGCCAUGGAGCAAAAGCACCAAAGACUGCCUGGACAUCCGAGCCGCUCGGACGCUGCUGGACAACGACCACUACGCCAUGGACAAGCUGAAGAGACGCGUCCUGGAGUACCUCGCUGUCAGACAGCUGAAGACGUCCCUGAAGGGCCCCAUCCUGUGUUUCGUUGGACCUCCUGGUGUCGGUAAGACGAGCGUGGGGCGCUCCAUCGCCCGCACCCUUGGCAGGGAGUUUCAGCGGAUCGCUUUGGGAGGCGUCUGCGACCAGUCGGACAUCAGAGGACACAGGAGAACCUAUGUGGGCAGCAUGCCCGGCCGGAUCAUCAACGGUCUGAAGACAGUCGGCGUCAAUAAUCCGGUCUUCCUCCUGGAUGAGGUGGACAAGCUGGGGAAAAGUCUGCAGGGGGAUCCAGCUGCCGCUCUGCUGGAGGUCCUGGACCCAGAGCAGAACCACAGCUUCACAGAUCAUUAUCUGAAUGUGGCCUUCGACCUCUCCCAGGUGCUUUUCAUCGCCACCGCCAACACCACGGCAACCAUCCCUCCUGCUCUGCUGGACAGGAUGGAGGUGCUGCAGGUUCCAGGAUACACACAGGAGGAGAAGCUGGAGAUCGCUCACCGUCACCUGAUCCCAAACCAGCUGGAGCAGCACGGACUGACCCCCCAGCAGCUGAACAUCCCUCAGGAGACCACCAAGGACGUGAUCAGCAGGUACACCCGGGAGGCAGGUGUGCGCUCCCUGGAGCGGAAGAUUGGAGCGAUCUGCCGAGCCGUGGCCGUGAAGGUCGCCGAGGGUCACAGAGUCCCGGAGACAUUUUCCUCUGGACAGGAAGAUAAGUCGGCGCCGCCUGAGAUGCCCAUCGUGAUCGAUCAUCUGGCCCUGAAGGACAUCCUGGGGCCACCGCUGUUUGACAUGGAGGUCUCUGAACGCCUCACUCUACCCGGUGUGGCUCUGGGUCUCGCCUGGACGCCGCUCGGCGGGGAGAUCAUGUUCGUGGAGGCCAGCCGGAUGGAGGGUGAGGGUCAGCUGACUCUGACGGGUCAGCUGGGCGACGUGAUGAAGGAAUCUGCUCAUCUGGCCAUCAGCUGGCUGCGUGCGAACGCUAAGCGCUACCAGCUCACUAACCUGGUGGGAGGUCCGGAUCCGAUGGAAGGGACGGACAUCCACCUCCACUUCCCUGCAGGAGCCGUUACCAAGGACGGCCCCUCCGCCGGCGUCACCAUAGUAACCUGCCUGGCAUCUCUGUUCAGCGGCCGGUUGGUCCGAUCGGACGUGGCCAUGACGGGAGAGAUCACGCUGAGGGGGCUGGUUCUGCCGGUGGGCGGGAUCAAGGAUAAGGUUCUGGCAGCCCACCGAGCCGGAGUGAAGCGGGUCAUCCUCCCCAAGAGGAACGCCAAGGACCUGGAGGAGCUGCCGGCCAACGUCCGCGCCGACCUGGACUUCGUGAUGACCGGGAACCUGGACGAGGUCCUGAACGCAUCAUUCGAUGGCGGUUUUCCAGGGCAGGCCAGCGCCCGCCCCCCUCCUCAGCUCAGCAGCAAGCUGUGAGGAACCAACCAUCUAAUCCCAGCGGUGACGGCAUCAGGUGACUGGAGUCGCAUCGACGCCGAGUCUCUGCUGGUGUUUCGCCGUCUGGGUUCAUUUGAUUGUUUUUAUUUCUCUUUAAUAAUCCGUUUGGAUGAUGAUGUAACCUGAUGCAGCAGCAAUCAACCAAUAAAACCUCUAAUCUAAUGAGUUAAGCUCAGCUGGAGAACGUCUGGGCUGAGGUGGGAGAUGUUUCCUCCGUUUAAAACAAAAAAAAACGUACUUUAGUUUCACACGUGGAGGGAAAAUAUCCCUGAACCUGAUGAGGACUUUUACAGAUCCGACCAUCUGACCCCCUCCCUCUCCAAGGAGACUCUUCAGGUGUCCUCAGACCAGAGCGGACAAAACAUCCCUCCAGGAUAAAGACCCCAACCAACCUGAUAGGAGACGCAAUUUGUCCCUUAGUUUCAGAAACACGUUUUUUUACAAACACAACACUAAAACUAACGAGGAUUAACAGGAUAAAAUGCAGGAAACUCCAAAUUCAGUUAACCUGUUGACCAGCUCUGUUUGUGCUGCUGUCACGGUUGCCUAGAGAUGGACCAAACACCCACUGGUCACCCUCCAUCUCUGAGACGUUACCACAGCCUCCAAAGGAAUCGGCUGCAAAAAUAUGGACCCGAGCGUGAAGAAGGAAAACCUGUGACUGAAGGGUGUCAGGAAAGGAUCAGAUCCGACGGUGAGCGUUUAGAGACGCACAGCCGGACAGAAACAGUACAGACACAGCAGUGUCAGUCCUUCAUAAUCCAACCGAGGCUGAUAUGGUGCAGAACAGCGCGGUCAUUAAGCUUCAACUGAAUGUUUACGAUGUGGAGUCGAUGGUCGUUUCUUUAAUCUAGUGUUAAAGAACUGUUCAAAUACGAACAGUAAACAAAUAUUACAAAGUUCAGCAGUUUUUCUGUCCUUUUCUAGAUUAACACAUUUCUAUUCUGUGUGCCUUUGAGUCAAAAUGUUGAUUGUUUUUAGGAAUUAGUAAUAAUUUCAGAUGAGUUUGUUCUUAACAGUGCAACAAUAUUUUUAAUAAAG